AUGAAUUCGCCACAAGAAAGACAUGAGAAAUUGAUAAGAGCCACCGAUCUAGAUGCAUUGAGUUGUCGCUACAACAUGAAUAUUAAGCAGUACCUCAAUCCUCCAGAUGAGUACAUUGAGGACUUGAUGAAAUCAUACAAUGCUUACUUGCAAUUCUGCACUGGUUAUACAUCCCUAUCAUCAUCAAGAUGCCUAAAGUCAUUGUUUCAGGACAGAAAGUUACCCAUUAUAAACCGCGGGACUUACUUAAGGACCAAAGCAAUUAGUGACGUUGUACAAGAGUUUGUCAAAGAGUUUGAAAAAUGUCAAAUUAUAUCAUUAGGAAGCGGUUCAGAUACCAGGGCGUUUUCCGUAUUGGAAAAACUGCCACAAGUGAUCUAUCACGAGAUAGAUUUUGCUGAAACCACCAAAAUAAAAAAGUUGGCGAUAAUAAAGAACCCCAAACUUUGUGCACUUCUUGGAGUCGAGGAAACCAUUCCGGAAAUUGAUUCAAAAAAAUCGUUUGCGGAGUACAAUCCUGACUUACAUUGCAAGAAUUAUCAUCUUCACGCAUGUGAUUUGAGGGAGGUGAAUUCUGAAGCAGUAUUGGAUGGCUUUGAUGCAAAUCUCCCGACUCUUGUUCUAAGUGAGUGUGUUUUGUGCUACUUAUCACCUGAAGAAUACUUUUCAACAAUAAAGUUUUGGACCAAUUUGGGAAACAAUUUGAAUUCCAUUUUAAUUUACGAACCCAUGUCAUUAAAGGACCUGUUUGGUGAAACAAUGUACCAAAAUUUGCAAGGCAGAGGCUUGAAUUUGCAAACUUUUGACAAGUAUCCCGAUCUUGAAUCGAGAUUGGAAUUUUUCAAAUCCGAAUGUGGGCUCACACGAUUACGAAUGUCUUCCUUGAGUAACAUUGGUGGCUACAAUAAAAGUCAGGAAGCAUCUAAGGCGUGGAUAGACCCGCAAGAUUUGCAGCGAAUCAGUUCAUUAGAAUUCGUUGAUGAGAUUGAGGAAAUCAGGCUUUUACUCGAGCACUAUUGUCUUUGCUAUGCUGAAUUUCGGUCUUCGGAGAAUGUUUCAUCGUUUAAAGGAAUUGAUAAAUGGCACUGGCAACUACAAGAUCAAUAA